AAUCUCUCAUUUUUCCUUUUUUUUUCAAAUCCUAGCCCCUCGUCCGUCCUCCAGUUCAUCCCACUGCCAUUCUUCCUCCUAGCCAACAAAUCCACUUGGCAAUUUCACCAGAUCAUUCGUUGUCACUCUUCCUCCUCACCCGUCGUUAUUUCCUUUCUUCCUCAUAUGCUUAGAUAUGCUCCCUCUCCUACAUCCAAUAUUGGGCCUCUCACUUGUAGAUUUGUCGCCAUCGCGAUCGGUCCCAAAUGUUGCCUGGAUCUGAAGGGUUUGCAUCGAAUCUGGGUUUGGAGGUUAUGCAUCAAUGGUGACAGAACUGAUUCAAAUCUCCGAUGACUGAUCUGAUUCAGAUCUCCAAAGAUAGAUAUGAUUUUAGUGGCCUGUGGUUUGAGAACGACGACCGCAAUUUCAUAUUCCCGCUUUGAGAACAAAGACG